AUGGCAGCUGUAUCUGAGUCUAUCCCUGGAUCAAGCAGUGGCUAUUCAGAAGAUCCCAGCAUCUUAUUAGCAUUCUUAUCUGUUCUUGCGGUCUCCGAGAGAGUUCCAUUGGAUCUUCUCUCACGUGGAGCUUCACCCCGGAGACGCUGGAAUACACGUGGCGAAAUAGAAGAGGUAGAUGCUGCUGCUGCUGGUCUUGACCCAGAGUUGUAUAGCUUGCUCUCCGGCAGCUCAAAGUUGCGUGAUGCCUUUCACGAGCUAGAACUGUCGUCAGCUGUUUCAAAGAACAUGGACGAGACCUACAAUAUGGACGAAAUCGCUGCGAGCCGUAUCCGCGAGAGGUUGUCACCAGAGACCCUCUUAUUCUUCAGGUCCCAAGCCUUGAUUGUUGCAUAUCGAGCAAUCCCCUGGAAAUAUAUCGAGCCUGCCACUCCCACCACGAAGCUAUUCCUACCGCAUCUGAGAUACGCUCUACAAACAUUUCAUGAAAACUCUAUGUACCUGCCUGCGGGCGUCAGAGCCGACCUUGUCCUUACGCUCCUCGAGGCAUCUCGAUUUCCCAACAUGACGUGGAAACGUUUCAUGGUGGAGCAAGCAGAACUUGCCGCGCUCGGCCUGGAGGACCAUAGCUACCUUGACGAUAUCGGCCAGGACACGACAUCAAUGACCAUAGAUAACAGGAUGCAUUCCGCAGCCGGUCAAGCAUCUAUUCAACGUUCUUUGAACUUCAUCCAGACUGAAGACCUGUCUACUGUCAAGAGAUUACUAGAAGACUGGAACCCCCUUCACAGGAUCCCUUCAUCCCUUGAACGCGUCGUCGAGUUUCGGAAGAACAUCCUGCUUGGAAGGAUUCUACGGUACCAAGGUGUAUUCAGAGAAUCGCUGACGUAUCUUGAGAGGGCUCAGACAAUAGCAGCGCAGGAAAACGAUCUCACCUUUUAUGAAGAUUUUCGUGAUCUUACCUGCGAUCUUGCAGAUACGCUGCGAGAGCUUGAUGAGCCUACGUUUGGUGAACGUCACCUUCGCACAGAAAUUACCCGUCGAGACCGCAGUGGUAUCUCGACGGGCAAAUCUCUAUUACAACUAUCUCUUGCCGAAGCCUUAUUUGCCCAAGCACGCUAUAGAGAAGCUGAAAGCAUCUGCUUGGAAGUUCAGUCUCGUCCCGGCCUGUUGAAACUCGAAAAGUUACGUUUACACAUCACUAUGGCAAAGAUACACCACGUUGAGUUCAACUAUGACGGCGCAUUUCUUUAUUGGAAAGAAGCAAUGGAAGACAUUGCAAAGUUUAAUAUGACUAGGGGGCGUGCAACUCGAACGAUCCUCUUAUCUAUUUGCGAUACCCUCCGCAGUCGAGGCCAAACGAAGCUGAUGAAUGAUUCCAUGGACCAGGUGGCAUUACUUGAUACUGGUGCUAAGCAGGAAGGUGUUGAGUACUGGAUCGCGGGACUGUGCCAUUGGUCACAAUAUCUGGAUUCCAGAACUUCUCGCAGCCACAUGUAG